AUGCACUCAUUGCCACUUCUGGAGCCUCACGGCAGCCGGAGGAGCAGGGACCACGUUGCAAAUGCAUCGGAUAUAGACUGGGGAAACAACUCACAACAGCCGCGUAUUGAUGCAGCGCAGCAGAGGGUGAAGCCGGCCGACCUCAGUCUCAUUCUCAAAAUAUACCAGUGGAAUGAAAUGGAAGGAAUCCACAAAAUGAGGCCCAGGUUUCUCUGCAACAGUUUGCCUGCAGGUUUGAUGUUGGGUGUCUUUGUUUUCCUGCUUCGACCAGUUUCCACACAGAAAAUCAGAAAUCAGAUUUAUUUCUUGGAUAAUGAAGGCGACAUUGUGUUAAACGGACCGGACAAUCCUGGGAGUGACACUGUUGUCUGGGAAUGGGAACCACACUCAGGGCGGGGAAAACAGACAGUGGUAACUCUCCGCGUCCAGUACAACGGCACGUGGAGCAAACAGUGGGGCAAUGGCUGGGGAAACACAGACAAGAACCAGGAGGUGGAUGUGGAUGGCCAUACUGGUAAUCUGGCAAUAACAAAACCCACAUUUAAAUGGUCAGGAUUGUUCACUUUGACUGAAACACAUCCGAGGAACCAGAUCCUGAAACAAUAUGAAAUAUAUGGGAUGAAAGGUGAGUGGGUGAGACAUGGAUCAACAAUAUGUUUCUCUGUAAAUAAUGUCACGUGUAAUGAUGAAAUAUGGCGGGAAUUGUGA